AUGCCUUUCGACCACUUGCGCCGGCCAUCUCUGCAGAAGCUAAUCCAGCGAGUAGCCGAUACCGUAUCGCCUUCGCCCUCGCCCUCCCCGAACCAAACCGAUACCCAAACCCAACCUGCCGAGCCCACGCCGUCUGCUUCGCCCGCCUCGCCGCAAGCAGUAUCGCCCCUCCAGCCCACAUCCACCGCGCUUCCGCCGUCGUCCCCGUCAUCAGGCUUCCCCAGGUCGUCCCCCGAGGUCGUCGAGGCCACAACCAGCAACAUGGCGGAAGGAGAGCCAGAUUACAGCUCUCUGCCGCUGACAGACAGAUGGGUGCAUAAAGUGUGGAAGGUCCGCAAGGGCGCCUACGAGGAGGCCGCAAAACAGUUCGAGAUCACCCCCGACGAGUACGAUCCCGCCUUUCGCCCGUUCAACCAGGACCCCGGUCUGUGGAAGGGCGCCGUGGCCGAUUCCAACGUCGCCGCCCAGACCGACGGCAUAGCCGCCUACUGUGCCUUUCUCAAAUUCGGCGGCAAGGAGAACUGCACCAGGUCGCGCCCCCAUGUCAUCGGCCCUAUAUGCGAAAAGGGCCUGAUCUCCACGAGACCCGCCACCAAGGCCUCGUCCAUCGAGGCUCUGUUAUUACUAGUAGAGCUGGAUGCCGCCGCCCCAGUCAUCGAGGACAUCUUGCCGGCUCUCUCUGCCAAGCUGCCGAAGGUGGUCGCCGCUGCUCUGGCUGCACUGACGGCCAUCUUCCACAACUAUGGCUGCAAGACCGCCGACCCCAAGCCCGUGCUCAAGAUCCUACCAAAGGCAUUUGGUCACGCCGACAAGAAUGUCCGAGCCGAGGCCACCAGUCUCGCUGUCGAGUUCUACCGAUGGCUCAGGGACGCCAUGAAGCCCAUGUUUUGGGGCGACCUGAAGCCCACGCAACAAUCCGACCUCGAGGCGCAGUUUGAGAAGAUCAAGGCCGAGGGUGCCCCGAAGCAGGAGAGGUUUCUGCGGUCCCAGCAGGCUGCCAUGGCCCGAGCCCCGCCGCCGGGGGCUGAGGGCGAGGAAGAGUACGAUGAGGGCGACGUGGGAGAGGAGCCGGCCGAGGUCGAUGCCUUUGAUCUCGCCGAGCCUCAAGAUGUGUUGUCCAAGAUUCCGGCCAACUUCCACGACAACCUAGCAUCUUCAAAGUGGAAAGAGCGAAAGGAGGCACUCGAAGCUCUAUUCGCCCUCCUCAACGUGCCCAGGAUCAAAGACGGCAACUAUGACGAGAUAAACCGCGGGCUGGCCAAAUGUAUGAAGGACGCCAAUGUCGCCGUGGUCACCCAGGCUGCCCAGUGUAUCGAGGUCCUCGCCAAGGGUCUUCGCAAAGGAUACUCCAAGUACAGGUCUACCGUCAUGGCCCCGAUCAUGGAACGAUUGAAGGAGAAGAAGGUCACAGUUUCGGACGCCCUCGGCGCCGCGCUUGACCAAGUCUUCCUCGCGAGUGGCUUGAGCGACUGCAUGGAAGACAUCACGGCCUGCCUCGUCCACAAGAACCCCCAGGUCAAGGAGGGCACCAUGAAAUUCUUGGUCCGCUGCCUGAGGACGACACGUGAUGUCCCUAGCAAGCAGGAGAUUGCGACAUUGGUAGAGUCUGGCAAGAAGCUCCUUUCCGAAUCUAGCGAGGGCCUGCGGUCAGGUGGUGCCGAGGUGUUGGGCACCAUUAUGAAGAUCAUCGGCGAGCGAGCCAUGAACCCCCAUCUGGAGGGACUCGACGACAUCCGCAAGAACAAGAUCAAGGAGUUCUUUGACACCGCCGAAGUCAAGGCCAAGGACAAGCCGAAGCCGCCCCCCGCACCUGUGGCCCGUGGACCCCCUGGCGGCCCGAAAAAGGUUGUCAGGAAGGCCCCGGCUGGCGUCAAGAAGGCUGCCCCGGCGGCUGCCCCGCCUGCAGCCGAGCCGGUCGCUCCUCCGACGCCCAAGGCGGCACCGGGCGCCGGAAAGCUCGGCAUGCCGAGGUCUGGCUUGACCGGACUCAAGGCCCCGCGAGGACGUCUUGCGGGCCCAAGUGGACUUGCAUCGCCACGCAGAGCUCCAGCAGCAGCCGCACCCCCACCGCCUCCCGUGGAAGAUGAAGAACCUUUCCAAGCGUCUCCACCCCCAAGGCCCCGGAUUGGUCUUGGGCGUGGUGGCCUCGCCGGACGUUCUUUGGCAAAACCAUCAGCGCCGGCUGCCGCCCCUCCUGUCUCGACCUCUCCCACACCGUCUAGCGGCCUGACAGCGAUCGAGCGAGCCGAGUUGGAAGAGCUUCGUGCUGCGAACGACCGGUUGCUAAAACUCGCUGACGACACACGCCAUGAGAAGAGCAAGAUGCAGUCAGAGAUUCAAGAACUGAAGAACCAGAACGCACAACUUAUCGAGGACCACACAAGAGAUGUACUGAGCAUCAAGGCCAAGGAAACCCAGCUCGUGAGAGCAAGGAGUGAUGCCGAAGCUGCCGAACAGACGAACGAGCGACUUCGACGAGAACUCGAGCGCCUCAAGAGGGCUCUCAGCAAGGCUGAAGCCGCAAGUGCAGAACGGGAAAGUGGCGUCACCAGCCCAGGUAUCGGCAGUCCCGCCCGUGAUGAACUGGGCAUAUACCGUGACGCCAGCGGCAGCUUCUCUCGCGGUAGGCCGACCAGGACGAGCUUUACCAGCAAUCUGUCUGAGGAGAAAGAGAAUGGGGACCCUCCGGCAAGCUACUCGAGAACCAAGAUGAUGAGCCCUGAGUUGCGAUACAACAGCGGUUCCAGUGGACGUGGAAGCCCGGCGAGGGGCUACCGAAAUGCACAAAUCGAUGACGCCGUAAGCUACGGGUCAGGAUCGGCCACGAGCGCGGCAGCAGGUGGAGCAACCGGCAAUGGAGUCGAAAGCUGGAAACGCGCAGCGGAAGUGACCAGCCAGCUCAAAGCACGAAUUGAGCAGAUGAAGGCGAAGCAAGGUUUUAACCGACCUUAG